CAGGAAAUUUUGAGGGAGCUUAAUAUUCGGAGUUUAGAGGAGCUUUCAAACACCAAAGGGAUAGGAAAAAGUAAAGCAACUGCUCUUGUGGAAUAUCGUGAUAAUUUUGGACCAUUUAUUAGCAUUGAGGAACUCUUUCAAGUAAAAGGCUUUGGUGUGGCAUUUUUUAAAAGACUUGAAGAAGCUGGUGAAUUAGCACCAGUCAAGAAAAAGACUACCAAAGGACUCGAACAAAUCUGGAAUUUUUUGGAUUUGAAUAGGAAACAGGUGAGCAUCGUACUGAAGCUAACAAUAUUGUGGCCAUUUGUCUUAUGAUGUGUCCAUCUUGUGUCUCUGGGCAACUUAAUUGCAGUGUAAUAAUAAUAAUAUUAUUAGAUAAUGUGAAUUGCAAAAAAAACAAUUAUUGUAUUUUUUGCAAUUCACAUCAUCUUUUCAUUCUUUUCAUUGGUUAAGAUGAACUCAACAAAUUGGCCUGCUCCCAAUCAAUGAAUGGUUCUUCAUAGCUCAGUUGAUAGAGCACGGUAGUGUUAACACAGAAGCCAUGGGUUCUGAUCCCAUUGAAGAUCUGAACAAACACUUUUUCCGGUUAAUUUGUAUUUUACUGCUUGAAAUGCUAUAACAACUGUGAUGAUCAUGCCUUCUGUUAAAUUUUGUAUUUUCUGCAGUUCACUUCUACAUUUAAUUGCAGUGUUUUAAGGGAGCAGUGUCAAGCUAUUUGUUAUGUUCUUCAAAGCUUAAGUGGUCUUCAUGUCAACUGAAUUUAAAAAAUAAAUCAGUCCAAUUUUGUACAUGUAUAUGUUGUAGUUAAUUUUUUAUCUCUGGUAAUUGUUGUUUUUCUUUUGUUUUUGGGUAUGGUAAUGUAUGCUAAUAAACUUGAAACAAAAGAAAAACAAAAAUUACCUGAGGUAAAAAAUUAAGUACAACAUAUACAAAUGGCCUAUGGAAAAUUCUAAAAAUCAUUAGGUAAUUCUAAAGAAUCAUCUAUGUACGUCAGAAUUUUUUUCAUCAUUUUAGGUGAUAUCAGAAAUUGUUUCUAUAGACAUUGGGUUUCAGAAUGCUGCUUGGGUUCAUAUGGACAAAGACAAACAAAUAUUGGACUGGUCAAGGGCUGAAAUUACCAAGCCAAAACCCUACAAUCCAGCUGUGUUUAAACCAUUGGUAAGUUUUUCCUUUCUUCUCAUUUACUUUUUUUAGUGAUUAAGUGUUAAUUUGUGUAUUUUUUACUCUUUUUCUCAUCCCACAUACGCAUACAUUCCUUAGUAGUAGAAUGGUACAGAGCAGAGCAUAUUUUGCUGCCUGUCCUUGCCGAUCGUAACAAUGCAGUAACACAGACAAAAAAAAAGUAGGAUGAUUUCUUCUGCUCAGCAACAAAAGUGGCUAAGAAAACAGCUCCAAAUUUCAUUCCCUUGCCAAACUCCGCCUGCAGAAGUUGUAUCAUCUGAUUGACCUUGAUUGGACUCUGACGCAAUCAAAAGGGUGAUGCAAACAUCCUUUUUGCUUGAGUAUAAAAUUAUGUGGGCAGAAAGAUGAUGAUAGGGCUCAUUGAUCAUUUGUCCCAUUUUGCUCUUGAAUGCCAUACUUUGACCGCAUACUACUGGUCUUCUUCAGGUGACACUGUUCUAUCAAUUUAUCAUAACAAGUGAUUAUCAUAAAGCAAAAUAAUGAGAAUGAGCCAUCUCAUACACAUAUCACAUUGAUCAAUAAUAUCUUUUAUUGUUAAUCAGUCAGAAUGAUCCAGAUAAUUGAAGCUUCUGUACAGUUUGUAUAUCAUUAUUCAAGCCAUCUGCUUGCUGUAAAUAUGACACAUCAACAAUAAUGGCUGGCGUUUUUUCCAGAUUUUUCGUUUUGGACCACUCAUAUCAGGAAAAUUAAGGAUGGUGCUAUUAAGAGGUAGCUGCUGGUAAUUCAGUGGGUCAAAGAGAGCUUACGACUGGCUCAAAUUAGGCUGGAAGUUAAUGGCAUGGGGUAAUUUGGAGUUUACGAAUUGAGGGGAGGUCUGAAAUUUAGGCUAGUAAUUUUGAAGGUGCACCUAGGCAAAAAGCCAGCUUGACUAAUAGAUGAGCCUACUGAGCUUUCCCUUAGCUACAUCCCAGGAAAAUACAGAAAAAUACUGGAUUCUGAUGAAAGUGGGCAACAGAGGUUCUCAGAGCUUGCAUUAAAGCGGCAUUCAUUAUGGUUAACUUUUAAGUGAAAAUUGAUGGGUGUUUCUGUUAAGAAAUACAGCCAAUAAUUUAGGUCAGCAUAUUACAAAAGGGAUAUUUGUAGAUGUUUGAAUCAGUAACAAAAAGGCAAGAAGAACUGAAAUGUCUGGUUUAUUUAUUUCAUUUAAGGUUCAAGAUUUUGUGAACAGCAUUCCAAAAACAGAACUUUACGUUGUUGAAAUGCAAAGUCAUCGAAUCGGAAAACAAACUGCAGCCCUUCUUCCAUUUGCAGUGCAUCUUCGGGUUUUCGAAGCCAUGCUAACUUGUUUACUACCUGGCCUAGUGAUACCUUUUGAUCCUUUAUAUACUUCAAAACAUUUUUGCCUUCCAAGUGGAACUGCCAAAAAGAGGGCAUCAGUGAAUUUGGUGGAGAGUUUGUUUGUGGACAGAACAAUAGAGGAGCCUUUUGAGGCACAGUGUGAACAGUUUCUAAAAGAACAACAGGGAAUGGAAGGAAGUGAGGAUUUUGUUACAUCAUUCAUUGAAAGCCACCAAGCUAGUUUUGCUGGAAACAACACAAAGCCACUUCUUCAGAUUUCUCCUAAGUUUAUUGACUAUUUUAAAUCCUGUCAUAAAAAGGAUGACCUAAGUGAUUGUCUCCUGCAAGCUCUUGCAUUUUUGGACAUUGUUGUCGAGGGCAGAAAAUGA